AUGACGCGUGCAGCGCAAACGAUAUCGUUCGCCCUUCUGGUGACUUCGGCCUACCUCCUCCUCGCUCUGCCGCUGUUCACCGAGAACUCGCCCAUACCAUCGAUUCUUCCAGCGAAGAUCCAGAACGACAUUAUUCCAUACCUACCGUUCUGGGCGGUAGUGUCACUCGGGGCGUACCUUCUAGGCAGGCUGGGCCUCGGAGUCUUGACAUUUAACGACACACACGAUGCCUACGUCGAGCUACAGGCGCAGAUAGAAAAGGCCAAGGAUGAUCUUAAGGCGAAGAAGGUGGACACGGAUUGA